AUGAAGAAUCACCUCAUAGCACUAUCUAUCUAUCUAUCUAUCUAUCUAUCUAUCUAUCCCAGUUCACUCAUAUCUAUCUAUCCUAGUCUAUUCAUAUCUAAGUCUAUUCAUAUCUAUCUAUCUAUCUCAGUCCAUUCAUAUUCAUUCUAUCUAUCUAUCUAUCUAUCUAUCUAUCUAUCUAUCUAUCUAUCUAUCUAUCCCAGUCCAUUCAUAUCUAUCUAUCUAUCUAUCUAUCUAUCUAUCUAUCUAUCUAUCUAUCUAUCUAUCUAUUUCUUUUAUUCAUUAUCUAUCUAUCUAUCUAUCUAUCUAUCUAUCUAUCUAUCACUCUUAAUAGUUAUCUAUCUAUGGCAUUUUAAGUACUGUUCUAUAUAUAUAUAUAUAUAUAUAUAUAUUGUUACUCUCAUUCUAUUUUACUGUUAUUCUGUCUCUCACUUUAUCUAUUUCACUAUUCUUAUCUAUCUAUCUAUCUAUCUAUCUAUCUAUCUAUCUAUCUAUCUAUCUCACUGUUACUCUCUCUCUCUAUCUCACUGUUACUCUCUCUCUAUUUCACGAUAUUCUCUCUCUUUCAAUUUAUCUAUCUAUCCAUUUCACUGUUCCUAUCUAUCUAUCUAUCUAUCUAUGUUCAUAUCUAUUUAUCUCAGUAUGCCCAUUAUCUAUCUAUCUAUCUAUCUAUCUAUCUAUAUCUAUCUAUCUAUCUAUCUAUCUAUCUAUCUAUCUAUCUAUCUAUCUAUUUCACUGUUACUCCCUCUCUAUUUCACUAUUAUUCUGUCUCUCAAUUAUCCAUCUAUUUCACUGUUUCUAUCUAUCUAUCUAUCUAUCUAUCUAUCUAUCUAUCUAUCUAUCUAUCUCACUGUUACUCUUUCUCUCUAUUUCACGAUAUUCUCUCUCUUUCUAUCUAUCUAUCUAUCUAUCUAUCUAUCUAUCUAUCUAUCUAUCUAUUAG